AUGAGUCUCAAAUUUACAGCAUCCAAUCUGUCUCGUAUCAAGAAGCCUGGUGCUAAUUCAAAGUCUUCUCUUUCACCUCUACAUCGCUCGAAAAAAGAGUCUGUUCAGAAAAAGACUCCCAAGGAACGAUUGGAAGUAAUUCAACAGAAUGUGUGCAUGAAUUUUCACUUGAGAGACACUGACUCUGUCGUAAGAGGGGUUGAUUCACUUCUUAGCAACCAGUGGGCAGAGGCUUCUAUUUUCCACACGCGGUAUUAUAGUAGAGAAGCCAAAGAAUCAUGUCAAGUUGCAACAGACCUUCUCUUUCUGUUGAGAGGCUUAUCAAUGGAAACGAAGGCAGAGAUCAUCAAAUAUCGCGCAACGCAGCUACCUCGUGGUGGAGUCGUUACAAUUAAUCAGCUAUAUUCUUUGUUCGAUUUUAGGGGUAACACAUUUGUGGAUCAAAGCUUAGAAUUGAAUGUGAGAAAUGGGUCUCUACGAAAGUUCAUCAUAAGCAACGCUCUGCCUGUGAUUCUGAGAAGCGGCACAAAAGCCAGCCCCUCAUUAUUGGGACAAAAGGUUACAUAUGGAUAUGAAAAUACAGAAGUCGUUGCCCGUGUUAGCGAUUACCUAGCUCAGAUAUCUACAGACAUUGCUGAGGAUGUACCCGAAUCAAACCGUGCUGGACACCGAGAAGCUCUCGAAAAAUUCAAAGAAUACAUUCAAAAUAAUGUCUCCUCACUUUUUGUGACAAAUGACCAAUUUAGUACGGGCGAGUUGAAGAUCCUAGUCGAGGCAGGUUACUUGACAUUGACUUCUAAUCACCACAAUGAAAUCGAUGUUGAUCAAUACUCGAUCGCAUUUCCACAGUGCGGUACAUUCUUGAAAAUGAUCAAUUCUGGUAAGGUCUGGAUGGUUCAAUGUCUUUCGAAAGCUGCAUACAAAGAAAUGCUAGAGGAUGCUCUAUUCGAAAAGUGGGAGGGCAAGAAGCUCAAUAAUUUUCGCAGACCAUUCUAUGGGUAUGACCUCCUCUGGAUCCUAGCAGAUGCUAAAGGUGCUGGUGUCAUUGAAGCUUUUCAAACUCCCGUAGGCCGCGGUUGGAGACUUACUGGUAAACUAUGA